AUCAACCAAGUUUUUUUUUCUCUUUAAUUUGUGGAAAAAAAAACCAACACACAAACACACUUUUUUUUUUGGCAAAGUCAACAUGCAAGAUUUUUGAGGGUGCUGAUGGAUUGAGGUGCUUGUUCUUCUGUUUUCAAAGAUACAAUCUUUCUGCUGAAUUGGGUCUGGGGUGGUGCUAUUUCAGAGAGUUGAGUUGAGUCUUUUUCAGUGAACAAGAAAUUGAAGAGAAGCAAUGAAGAACGAAGAACAGGCUCGUAGUUUGUUUGGAAUCUCACUCUCUGACAGACCAAGGUGGCAGCAAUUCCUCAUUUGCUCUUCUGGCUUCUUCUUUGGAUACCUUGUUAAUGGCAUCUGUGAGGAAUAUGUAUAUAAUAGGCUCCACUUCAGCUAUGGUUGGUACUUCACAUUUAUUCAAGGGUUUGUUUACCUUUUCCUGAUUUACCUUCAAGGCUUCACAAGCAAGCAAAUGGUGAAUCCAUGGAAAACUUAUGUGAAGCUUUCAGCUGUUCUUAUGGGUUCUCAUGGCCUAACAAAGGGGUCUCUGGCUUUCCUUAACUACCCUGCACAAAUCAUGUUCAAAUCCACAAAGGUGCUGCCAGUGAUGAUAAUGGGAGCAUUCAUACCGGGUCUAAGAAGAAAAUAUCCAUUGCAUGAAUAUAUAUCUGCAAUACUUCUGGUUGUUGGAUUGAUCCUAUUCACACUAGCAGAUGCUCAGACAUCACCAAAUUUCAGUGUCAUUGGUGUUGUUAUGAUAUCUGGUGCUUUGGUCAUGGAUUCUUUUCUGGGAAAUCUCCAAGAAGCAAUCUUCACUAUGAACCCUGAGACCACACAGAUGGAGAUGCUAUUCUGCUCUACAGUGGUGGGUUUGCCUUUCUUAAUCCCUCCCAUGCUUUUGACAGGAGAAUUAUUCAAAGCAUGGACUUCAUGCUCACAGCAUCCCUAUGUUUAUGGUGUGUUGGUUUUUGAAGCAAUGGCCACAUUCAUAGGCCAAGUCUCUGUCCUUUCCCUCAUUGCCAUUUUUGGUGCUGCCACCACAGCCAUGAUAACAACAGCAAGAAAGGCAGUGACAUUGCUACUCUCAUAUUUGAUAUUUACAAAGCCAUUAACAGAACAACAUGGAAGUGGACUCUUACUCAUAGCUAUGGGAAUCACAUUGAAAAUGUUGCCUGAUAAUAAUAGUAAUAACAACAAACCAAUUAAGAAGAAGGCUUUAACCCCUUCUUCUUCUUCUUCCAAUGGCAUUAGUGUAAAAUCAGAUGCUGAUGAAGAGUUGGGAGUCAUGCCAGGUUCUGAGGGAGAGUAUGAUGAAGAAAAGAGGCCAUUGGUGUAACUACUAACUAGCUAUAUAUAUGGCUCAAAUUUAAUUUGUUCACAAUACGACUUUUUAUUUUUAUUUUUUUUAUGUCUUAGCAUUUUCGUCUAAUGCCAUAGGUAAUAGAGAAAAUAAAUUGAUGUCCAAUUAAUAAUAAUUUUUAUGAUAUA